ACAAACAAAACUCUAAACAAACAGACAGACGUCACAAUCCGCCCUAGACGACGUCGAAAAUACAGGGAGACUGUCCGCGGCGUGAGCCCUGCCCCUUCACACGCUGUGGCUUAAUGCGAAUGCAUCGCACAAGACAGCUCCACAUAGCGGACGAUUAUUCGCGAUGCAAAAAGAGGAAAACAUGAAAGCAACUGCAGCUCCAAGCAAGGUUUCGUAGGAGUACCGCGGACCAUUCUCCACGAAGAAGGACCGGGCAGAGACGCGGGAGAUGCCGUUUUGUAAUAGGCUGAUCGUCCCCAAACAUGUCUGCAGAAGUGAAGAUAGGAGAGAUGGAGAGAUCUUCGCGGAUCUGGUGGAUGUGUGCAGCUUUACUUUGUGCAACCUGCUCCGACAGCUUUCGGAUUUAUCCCGGCUCUCGGUCAGCAUCCUGGAGGAUCUGGAGGGGGAACUUCUGUCCAUCUGUCAGAGAUCGAGGACGCUGGAGAGCAAAGUUAUCAGUCUGCAGAAGCACGUUUCGGCUUUCGUUACCCGGCCACCGUUAAAUACCACCACUAACUUGGACUUGGAGAGCAAGCAAGCGGCCCACUUCCAAUCGUCAUGGCAACAGCACGUGAACGUGUUCAGCUCGUGGAAUAGGCCCGAGUGCGUUCAGGAGCUGCAUCAGGAGGCACAGGUCAACCUUCAUCGGCUGCUGCAAGAAUUCGAGGAGCAGCUUUAUGACCACAAAGUGGUGGGACAGACGUUCCGGCAGCCGUCGUCUGAGAGCUCAGAGGAGACCUCCCACGGCAGAUCACCCCUGGCGCUGCCCAGACGGCCUCACAUAGUCUUCCUGCCAACCUCCAAGCGUGCGAGCGACUGCAGCACCCUCACGACCUGGUCUGUGAGCUCGGCCAGCAGCAGUCCGGGCCGCUCCCAGCGAUCCUCCCGCGGCCCGCCCGUUGCCCAGAAGCCCCGCUGGCACCUCAGAUGCCACACUCCCGCUCACCUGGGCGCUGCUGACGCAGGGGAUGUUUGUCUUCCAGAAAGGACUCUGAACUUUGACCUAAUUAAAGGCACCCUCUCACCUGAGCCUCUCUAUCACAAGCACUCAGAAAGCGGCGUUGACCAUUUUCCACUGCGAAAGACCUUCAGCGAUUUGGACCAGAGUGUGCCCCAGUCUCCAGGAAGGAUGGAGCAAGCCAGCCUUAUGUGUACCAGUUCAUCCUGGAAUGGGCCCAAGGGCUCCACCUUCUCCCCUACCUGGAGCAGCUCUUUCAGCACCUUCCCAUUAGCGGCCGAGCUGCUUUCCUCGGAGCACCCAGCUGGCACGGUCCCUUGCAGCUUUGGUGACAGCUCAGGUCAUUCCGUGAGCUCAGGGUCACGUUCUGGUUCCUUAGUCUCUAUCCCAACUGAGUUGUCUGGCAAGACUCGGACCACUCCUGCAACCGAUGCUACCCAUGGGCAGAGUGGAACCGAGAGCUCUGCAGGAAGUCCCAGAGAAAAGGAGGCGAGGCCCAAACGAGCUGAUGCUUCCAGAAUGUUCCGAGGGCGGUCUCUCUCCACUCCCACCGACUCGGACUCGAUGUGUUCUGUUGAAAACCUGGGCGUGCAAGGAGAGAGCUCCACCCCACAGUACCCUAGCGGAAGCUCAGAGGAUGGAGUCAGCACCAACAGCGUCUCUCCAUCGGGGGUGGACCUCCUACCUGAUGGGAGUUCGCGCUCGAGGUCCCGCAGCAUCUCACUGAAGAAGCCAAAGAAGAAACCUCCACCCCCUGUUCGUAGUGUGUCCCUGAGGAAUGGCGGCACCACCGAUGGCCGUGAACAACCCAGAGACAGCAGGCCCAAGAGCCUCAUCAUCCCCAGGGACCACCAGCUGGGCUUUCAGCCUGAUUUCAUCUCCAGUUCCAAGCCACCACAGCAGUUGCAGGACCUGUCUAAGCCCGGUGGGAGGAGAGUUAUAGAGACCCAGGAAUUGAAACGAGAGACAGUUCAGUCAGCCACUCUGAACCAGUGUAAGCUUACCAACCUAGAAAAGUUGGUGUCAAAUUCAAGUGCAGAGCAGGGUGCCGUUGUGGUGCAGAACGUGAAGGUGUGCAGCAGCUCCGAGUCGCUCCCCUCCCCACCCAGCUCCCAGGCUACUGCACUUUCACAGCUUUCAGCAGAGACGGAAUCAAAAACAUCCCAAGGCAAACCGUCUGGACUGAUGUCUCCAUCUAGUGGUUACUCCAGUCAGUCCGAAACUCCCACUCCAACCAUUCCCACCUCUACCAUUAUGGGACCCUCUCCACUGGGCUGCAGGAUGCGACCGAAGAUCCCACAGAGGAAGUCGUCUUUGCCUGCCCCAUCUCCAGCAGAGAGGGCUGCCAGGUGCCGGCUGUCGUUCGAGCUGCCCGUGACCACGCACCUGGACCUGUUCUCCAUCAAGCCAAAGUCGAGAGCUAGUCGGCGACACUCUGACUCCUCGGCUGCCAUCCGCUCUGGAUACAAACUGAGCCCGAGUCAGUCGAUCAUGCCCUUGGUGACCCAAAUGGAUUUACGGAAUGUUCGGCUGCGCUCUGUCAGCCGCUCGGAAACUGAUGACAGUGUGGAUGGGUCCUCUGGCAUCCUCGAGGAGGAACAGACCUGUGACCCUGCCCCUUGUUCAACCACAAAUGUCAAACCUAAGCCCCCGGUGGCAGUGAAACCUCCUUUACCUAAACGACCUCCCAACUUGAGUUUAAAGUCUCCUGGUUCCUCCUCUUCCUCCUCCCACACCUCUGACCGCCAGCCAUCCUCAUCAGCAGAAGGAGACAUCUACACAGAGGUUAAAAAACCCAAGAAGCCGCCAAAAUCUCCGAUCACCCCUGGCUGUGUUCCGGACUCUGGUGGGCAGCUGCAGCAGAGGGUCGUGGAAGAUCAGCAAGGGGCAGAACGUUGUUCGCAGACCUCGUCCAUCAGCCCAGAAGCACAGGGCAGUGGAAGAUCAUUGCCCAGCAGAGUUUCUACCCCAUCUGUGGCUGAAAUGGAUAAGAAGGGGAAUAAGGUGCCUCCUCCUAUUCCAAAGAAACCAAACAUUGUUUUUGUGUCUGUUAACACCUUCCACGCCAGUAUUCCUACAAACAGGCCAGUGAACCCAGUGGAGAGCUGCAGCACUCCCACGUAUCAGAUGGUGACCGCUAAACAGGAAAAGCACUCCGAUUCAUCUCCAAGGGACUGUGAUAAAGAUGCUGACCAGAGAGCACCUGUCUCCCAAGCAACAUCCCCUGGCGAUAGGGGGACGGAGAGAAGUUCCGAAGAUUCGGAGAAUGAGAGGAGCAUGCCGGGUAACACGGACGAGGACUCUGAUGAUGUGUUCGUGCAGAGCUCGCGGCCGGCUGCCACCGAAGACCUUUUCACCAUUAUCCACAGGUCAAAGCGGAAAGUUUUGGGUCGCAAAGAACCGUCGGAUCAGUUUGGCAGCAAGCAGAGCUUGACGUCUCCCGUGAAGGGCGACGGCGAUCAACGCGCCACGACCACAGGGGCGGCGCCGUGCUACAACUCCCGCAAUGAUACCUUCAUGGCCCUGCUGCAGAGGAAGAAUAGCAAGCCCAGCGGCAGCAGGGGCAUGUCAGCCGCGGAGCUCCUGCGGACCACCAACCCACUGGCCCGUCGAGUCAUGGAGUUCACCAUGGCUGAUCCGGAGCUGGCCCCCAAACCCAGAUCCUCACAGGGAAGCUGAUCACCCUGGACAUCGCUGUGGAGCUUCUGGGUUGGUGCUAAACAUUUGUGCAUAUCUCGCCUGUUCAGUAACUGAGGAGCGAGGCUCCAACAAACCUUUUGUGCUUUUUAUAAAGUAUGUCUAUGGAUGCCAUUUUUUAUUGCUCUUGUGCCACAGGGAUUCUGCUGAGGAGAAGCAGGGUUUCAGGAUUAAAUCAUUACUCAAGGUGGAUGUUUGACAUCAGAAGCACCUGCUGAAAGUGGCCAGUUUUAGCCAUGUUGAGAUUGCUAAGCCAUGGCAGAACCUUCUGAAGACAAGGCUGAUGAUUGUUUUGGGGUGUAACCAACUAUACAAAUAAUACAUUCUACAAAGACUAUAAAUAAGACGAUUGCAGGAUUUAGAAAACCUUUAAAUAAAAAGUGCUUUUGUUAUAAUCAAGGGACAUUUUUGUUAGCUUUUUUUUAAAAAAAAAAAUCUUUUAUUUUGGCCUGUAAAUAGGUGUAAAUAAAGAAUAUAUCUUUAGAAGUAUAUAAACAAAUAGAUGUCCUAUGUAUAAUGAGAUUUGUAAAAGAAAAAAGUUUGAUUUAGUCUCAUUUGAUGACAGAGAAAAGAUGAUUCAUACACAAAAUUGAGAUGAGGGUGAUUCUGCUGACACAGUGUGAAUCCACCUGAAGUGUCACAAAUGGGUCUUUGCUUGAGGUGAAGGCAAACAGAGGCAGACAGACGCAUUUAAGUGGGCAGAUUUCUGCCUGGGGCGCUUAACAGGUAUAUUUGUGUUUAGGGCAUUUGGACGGGCAGGUUGAUUGCUCAGGUGUUUAUUCAUGCUCAGGAGAUUCGUUGUGGUGGGGGGGGAGGGGGCUGUCCGCUGGGAGUUGGCUUUAUGUUUAUUAUUAUAAUUUUUUUAAAUUUGUACUUCAGUUUAGCGUGUUAUCUCAUCACAUCUCUCAGUCUGACCGUGAUGAUCCAGCAUCUUGCAAGACACUUUUUGAUUAAAAUUCUGUGUUCCAAAAUGCCUCUGCAUCCAAGCUGGGCAGGAUUGGUGUCAUCAUGAGCAUCAUGAGCAUCAGCAGCAUCAUAAGCAUCAUCAGCAUCAGUCAGGCUGGGCUGGGAUGGUAACAGUUCCCAGAUCUUCACCUGGUCACAUGGUCAAUCACAGACUUGACUGCAUCGUCGUAGUCUUCAUUUUUAAAAAGGUACCCGCAUUUUUCAGUUUGUGGGGGGACGUACCAACACCUCAAGGAACACAAAGAAGGGGCUUAAAUGGAGAGAGCACUGUGGGGCCGAGCUGGCUUUGCAUGCAGGCACAGAGAAGACGACUAUGCUCACGUGUGAAUGGAGUUCUGACUGUAGGAACAAGUCACCUCAGAUUUUAUCUGUAUUAUUAUUAUUGUUCAUGUGAUCCAUUUUCCAAAAUUAAACAAAAGUGGUCAAUGGACUGAA